CCGACGCCAGGCGCACGGCGGGCUGCGCUGGGAUCCGAGCGCUGCGGGAGGCGGGCAGCGCCAAGGCGGCUGCAGUGAGCGCUGCGCAUGGGCCGGGCGCAGGCUUCGGGCGCGCGGGGAGCCGGCAUGCCCCGGACACUGAGCACUUCCGACAUGGUCACCCCAGGCGGCCUCAGCCUGCCCCCCACAGAGCCCGCAGACGGCGAGCAGGCGGGGCAGCCCCUCCUGGACGGAGCUCCCUCCUCAGCCUCUCUGGACACCCUCAUUCAGCACCUGGUGCCCACGGCCGACUACUACCCCGAGAAAGCCUACAUCUUCACCUUCCUGCUGAGCUCUCGCCUCUUCAUUGAACCCCGGGAGCUCCUGGCCCGGGUCUGCCACCUGUGCAUCGAGCAGCAGCAGCUGGACAAGCCGGAGCUGGACAAGGCCCAGGUCCGGAAGUUUGGCCCCAAACUGCUCCAGCUGUUGGCCGAGUGGACGGAGACCUUCCCUCGGGACUUCCAGGAGGCGUCGGCCAUCGGGCACCUGGAGGACGUGGUGGGCCGCAUCGCGCCCUGUGAUGAGGCCUACCGGAAGAGGAUGCAUCAGCUGCUGCAGGCUCUGCACCAGAGACUGGCGCUGCUGGGCCAGGGCCCCGAAGGCCCCGGGGGCGCGGACAAGCCCGUCUCCUACCGGACGAAGCCGCAGGCCUCCAUCCACAGGGAGCUCCUCGGCGUCUGCAGCGACCCCUACACGCUGGCCCAGCAGCUGACCCACGUGGAGCUGGAGCGGCUGCGACACAUCGGGCCCGAGGAGUUCGUCCAGGCUUUCGCGAGCAAGGAACCGCUGGACGGCGCGCAGCCCUGUUUCAGUGACAAGACCAACAACCUAGAGGCCUACGUGAAGUGGUUCAACCGACUGUGCUACCUGGUGGCCACUGAGAUCUGCAUGCCGGCCAAGAAGAAGCAAAGGGCUCAGGUGAUCGAGUUCUUCAUCGACGUGGCCCGAGAGUGCUUCAACAUCGGCAACUUUAACUCCCUGAUGGCCAUUAUCUCUGGUAUGAACAUGAGCCCCGUCUCCAGGCUGAAAAAGACCUGGGCCAAAGUGAAGACGGCCAAGUUCUUCAUCCUGGAGCACCAGAUGGACCCAACAGGGAACUUCUGCAACUACAGGACGGCCCUGCGCGGGGCGGCCCACCGCUCCCUGACGGCGCACAGCAGCCGGGAGAAGAUUGUCAUUCCCUUCUUCAGCCUCCUCAUCAAAGACAUCUACUUCCUGAACGAGGGCUGUGCCAACCGCCUUCCCAAUGGACACGUCAACUUUGAGAAAUUCCUGGAGCUGGCCAAGCAAGUCGGGGAGUUCGUCACGUGGAAACAGGCGGACUGUCCCUUCGAGCAGAACCCCAGCAUCACCCACUACCUGCACACGGCGCCCAUCUUCAGCGAGGACGGUCUUUAUUUGGCUUCUUAUGAGAGUGAGAGUCCAGAGAACCAAACAGAGAAGGAGAGGUGGAAAUCUCUAAGAUCUUCUAUUCUGGGGAAGACAUGAGAAGCUCUGAGCUGAAGGAGGAGAAAAUGGAGCUGGCAGAGGCUCCCAUAGCCCCGCCUCAGAGGGCCCAGGGUGGAGGCGCAGGUAGCGUCUCACUACUUUGCAAACUGAGACUCCCAUGGCCGAUGCCCACCACAAUGGCCCCAGGGGCACAGGAAGCCUUUGUGGGACCUCAGCCUCGGCAGACUUGGCAGACCCUCCAGACAUGUGGGUGGCACAGCCCCUGGGGACACCCGGCCUUCAGGACCAUGGGGGCCACACUGCCAGUCAGUUUGUCCAUCGUAGGCCACUUCAGUCUUGUUCUCACAGAAGUGCCGCCCACCCUCCAUCCCGAGUGGCUCAAGAGCCUCUGCUGCAGCAGGCAUCCUGGGUGAGGAGCGUCAAGCCUGCAACAAACAGCUCAGCCGAUGGCGGCCCCCACCUGUCCCCACAGGAGCUGGCUUCUCAGCCCUGGGCACUGCCCACCCUGGAUCCCGCUGGUUUGAGCACAGCUUCCUGGUGAUGGCUGUGAAGCAGGUCCGAAGGACCAGCCGGAGUCAUGGAGUUGAUGGCAUGUACUUUACGGUCCUGCUGCCCAGUUCCCUGUAAACGUCAGUGUUGGUAUCAACAUGCCUUCACACGUCCUGGACGUCCAUGUUCACACCGGUCUCUGACCUUCCGCCAGGUGCAGGGGGUUUCUGAACUGAGCUCCAGAAAUGCCGUAGCCAGGGUUUAGGAGCAGGAUGGGAGGUGCCAUUUCCAGCAUAGGCCCCAGGCCUGCAGCAGCACCAGGAGUGCAGUGGGUGCUUAGGGAACCUUCAGUGACUGGUGAUCGGUGUGACAAACGCCUCCUGUUGGGAGUAGGGAUGAUAAAGCCUUUAAUGCACAAGGCUGCCCUGUCUCUCACUUCCUACACCUCACACACUGAUGGCCCACAGAGCAGUUGACAGUGCCGGGUCACCAGCCAGGAAGUUGUGCGGGAUAACGUGCAUCUCUCCUGGUCAGGGCCUGCUCGGUGGGAAGUUGCGGGAAGACAGGGCCCUGGGGUGCACUGCCCACCCUGGCUGCCUCCUGCCCAUAUCAGGCCCCCGAAGGGCAUGUUCAGCUCAGAGCUAGACUCAGCUAAGUUCAAGGCCAGGCUGCACUACAGAGCGAGACCCUGUCUCAAAACAAGACAAAACAGUUUAACAAUAACCACAGCCUUCCAACUGCCAAGGUCUACCUCUAGCCUGGCACGGUUUUUGAACUAGGACUUCUCACAGGAACAUUUUCAGCAUUCAUAUCCCAUGUGCUACAAGAACAGCUUUAUCUUUACAAGUAUACCUGCGAAGCUAGCCAUGGGGCACACACCUGUGAUCCCAGCGCUCCGGGAGGCUGAAGCAGGAGGAUCACAAGCUCCAGCCCAGCCUGACCCUGGCAAUCUAGCAACUUAGCGAGACCCUGUCUCAAUAAAAACAGAAAUUAAAUUAAAACCCACAAAAGUGCACACAGCCAAACAAAAUGUGCGUCUCAGUUUUCCCAGAAGUGGAGACAGAAUCAUUCGGUGGCUGGAGAGCAGCAGGGAGGUUUCCGGCCUCUGCUGUGGACCAAGUCGGGUCGUCCUCACACCCAAAGUUACACACUGAGCUCCUACCUCACAACGGGAGGGUGUUUGGGAAGUAAUUAGGGUGAGCUGAGGUUACAAGGAUGCCUCAGUGAGAAGACCAAUGGUAACCUUGUGUUCCCCACCCGAGGGCUCCCUCCCCAUGAGAGCUCACCAGGACCCAAAUCAGCCAGCACUUGGGGCUUGUACUUCUAGACUCCAGAACUGCGAGAAAUCAAUACCUGUUGUUUAAGCCACAUAGUUCACAGACUUAGCAGACUAUUCCAGGUGUAUCAAGGAGAAUUUGACCGAGGAACAUUACCAACUCUGCCAGCCUCAGUGCCCCAAUAAUACCACAAUAUCCCAACCUUCAGUUCCUCCUAGCAAAAUAGGACUACUUCUCAUAGAUUCCUCAGUGCCCCUUGAUGAAGCAUUGGAAUAUAGUUUUUUAUCACUGCAAAGAGAACACAUUUUGAAAAAACAAUUAUGGAAAGUAAAAAUAGUCACCUUGCCAGGCGUGAUGGCACAAGCCUGUAAUCCCCUCACUCAGGAGGCUGAGGCAGGGCGAGCACCACAAGUUCACGGCCAGCCUGGGCUACACAGCAAGUUCACAGCCAGCCUGAACUACAAAGUGAGACCCUGCCUCAAAAAGAAGAGAAAAGUAAAAUAGGAAUAGUCACCUGUAAUCCUCCCAAAUGAACCUAAGUAUUUCCAUUUUGCUGAUUCUCUUCCAGUACUUGUUCACAGAUGUGGUCUUCCUCUGCAUGUGGUAACGAGAUUUAUUUUGCAUUCUGCUUCUGCACUCAGCAGAAUGUCAGAAGCAUUCUUCACACUGCUACAGCUUCCUUGAUAUAUUAAUAGCUGUAUAAUCAUCCUCAAAUUUGUUGCACCAUAAUUUGCCUAACAAAUAAAUGAGUUUAUUUCCAACUUUUUGUCCCUGUAGUGAAUGCCACAAUCAACAUCUUUAUGCACACAGUUUGAUUUGCAUGUUGAAUGUUGGUUUAAAA